CUUUUCGAGCCUUGCAUUAUUAUCGACCAGGGCUGUCUUCUCUUUUCUUUUGUUAAGGUACAUAUCAGAAACACAAACAAUGUUUAUGACAGUAAAUAGUGUUUUUGUGGAGACAGGGAUCAGGUGAAGUCUCAAUGCGUGCAUGUGUGCAACAAGGAAAACGCCAAAAACGUUUAGGCGAACACGAGGAGAGGCAGUAUUUCAGCGACCUACUUUUUGAAUGCCCCGAUGUAAAAAUAUAGAGCUAAUAUUAUGUCUGAGAUGAAGGAGUUGCAACCUCGUUUCUAAGGCCUUUUGUGUCUCACCUGUUCUACGCUUUUUGCGUACGUAAUAAAUACAACAACAUAUCCAUUAUUGUUGUGUUCAUCCGUUUGACUGCAACGUUUUCGAUCGAAAGCGAAGACAAUUUACUAAGUCUCAAACUGUCACAACAAAGUAUCAUAACAAAGCUGUAAUUACUUGCAAAUGUAUGAAGAAUAAUUAAAAUAGCAGCGAGGAUUGAUCACUUUGUUGUGGACACAAUAGCAAUCAAAGAGAAAUAGUUAACAACUAUCAAUUUUUAAGCGCUAUACAGAGGAUUUCACAAAGGUUGUUUAAUUAAAUGAGUUGUUUGUUGUGAACGGAAGCUUUCUUGUGUUUAAAACAUAUACAAGAGAAAGUUUCCAACCAAGCAAGAUGUCGCUAGUAUGUUUAUUUCUAAUUACCCUUCUUGUACCUGGUACAAUGGCGGGUUCAUACGAAACAGCACUACAGAAGCAGAAAUGUCAAUUGUUAGGUUACAAGCUGACAGUAAGAAUACCCGGCUGCAAAGAAACUGUCGUACACAUCAAUACAUGUUUUGGGGCAUGUAUAUCACUGGCUGCUGCGUUUAAAGCGAAUUUCCGGUUUGGUCAUAUUCAAAACUGUUGCAAAGUGAAACAAUAUGUUACUGUGAAAGUCAGGCUUGAAUGUCCUGUUGUGAACAACAAAUUACAAAACUAUUACCAUCCUGUACGCCAUGCUUCUGUUUGUAGUUGUACAAGAUGCUAACGAGUAACCCCAUAUAUAUAAUGAGAUUGAAACACAACGAAGAAAAUAGUUCUGCAAUUUUUCCCAAUCUAAAUUUAUAUUUAUUUGUGUGAAUUUUAAAAGAAAUAAUAUGUAUCUAUCAUAGUGAUGGAGUGGAUAUGUUAAUUGUGAAAGAAGAUUUCAAAAUUUGUAUGCUUUCACCAUCAUUAUUUACCUAAUUUUUAUCAGACUUGUAACGAAUAAAAUCUGUUACAUAUUCUGAAACGUUUGUUUAAAAUCACGCGGUGUAACCUCCUUUAGUAGUAAUAUAUUUUAGUUAUCGUUUUUAGGUGAUUGAAAGCAAUAGUACACACACCAAUAUUGGUUUUUACCAGAAUAAUUACUAAGCAUUGGUGGCAAAAAAAAUCAGAUUAACAACACCCUGUGCUGUGACUUUUUAUUAGGCAAUAGGAUUUACCAUGUGCUUGUCAGCUGCAACAAUAGUAUGUGAGAGAAUUAUCCUUUAUGUCGGACGAUGAAGAUAUUUCCAACCAUGAUUCAUCAUCAGUUCUAAUAUAUACGUUAUUUUUGGCACAUAAGCAGUUUUAGCUAAGCCUGCCAGAGAUGCGUAUUUUUUACAAAAUCUUAGGCUGAACUUUUGCCUAAAGAAAUACUUGUGUAGAAUGGACAAAUACUUUUUACUACUUUUGUAUAUAUUUCGAAAAAGUCGUUGGUUUAUGACAGAUUGUUCCUGCUUUAAAUUUUAUUUUUUAUCAACAACUUAUGUGCAUGUAGCAUUUAUAGUGGCUGACUAUUAUACUAGAAUGGUGUUA